AUGAAGCACCUCAUCACGUCAGCCCUGCUCCUCAGCAGGGCCGCCUCGAUGCCGAGCGCCUUGCCGGUGAGGCUGUCGACCCGCACGGCCCUCAACUCCCGCCUGGCCAACAUCCACGUCGAGAUGGACGACAAGCAGGCAGUCGGAGGCGCGCCCAUCGACUUCACCUACGGCGCCUGCGACUCGUCCUCGCGCAGCGAAUCACACCACGCCGUCGGCCGGGCAGACGGCUCCACGCAAACCGCCGACAGGCGACUCGUCUGGGUGAUACCUGAGGACGUCUCGUCGGGCGGGUGCAUAUCGGCGUGGGCCGGCGGCGGCGGCGACGACGGGCAGCAGCUGGUGGGCCGCAGCGCGCCGCAGACGUUUGACCACGCGGCCAUGCGGCGGCGCGACGUCCUGACCAGGCGCGCGCUCGACCCGGUGCGCAUGGACGGGUCCAACGGCAUCGACGCCAACGGGCCGUGGUUCGAGGGCGUCAGGCUGCUCGAGGACCGGAACGUGAGCGCCGUGGACGCCGAGGCCGCCAAGGGGAAGCGUAUCGCCAUCGCCGGGGCGGGAAUGGCGGGCCUCAUGUCGUAUCUCGUCCUGUCGCAGGCCGGAUUCACGAACCUGGACCUGAUCGAGGGCAGCGAUCGGAUCGGUGGGCGCGUGCAGACAGAGUACCUCUCCGGUGGGCCGUUUGACUAUUCGUACCAGGAGAUGGGCCCGAUGCGGUUCCCGCACCAGAUCACCAUCGAGGGGGAGGUGUACAACAUCUCGGACCAUCAGCUCGUUUUUCAACUCGCCGAGGAGAUGAAUAGGCUCAAUGCCGACGGGAACAAGGAUCUCAACGUCUCAUUCAUCCCGUGGAUUCAGUCCUCGCAGAACGGCCUUGGGUACUAUGACGGCUUCAAACUUCCCUCCGGGCUGCCUCCCACUGUGGCCCAGAUAGCAGCAGAUCCGUCCUUGGGGCCUCCUGCCGCGCAGCUGGACGGUGAGGCCCUGGCGGUUCUGGCAAAGGUUGGUGAGGUGUUUGGGGACACUGAAGUGAUCAAGCAGAUUGCGCGAAACUCUUUCAAGGCGUACAAGAACUGGAUUAAGAAUGGGCUUGGCGGGCUUCCCGGUGAUCACUGGAGUAUUUAUGCCUACUUCAAGCACCAUCUGGAGGCAUCCCUGAACGCCACCGAUGCUGUACUCCCCUCUUUAUUCGGAAGCUCCAGCGGCACUUUUUGGUCUCUCCUCUACGAAACAGUGUACUUCUCCUCCAGCAGCUGGAAGACCAUCGACGGUGGUCUGACCCGGCUUCCAAAGUCAUUCGUCCCGCACGUGGAGAAGGACCUGCAGCUCAACCGCAAGAUCGAGCGCGUGAGCUUCUCCGAGGAGAAGAAGGAGGUGACUCUACAGUGGAAGGGUGCAGGAAGCGAGUUGCAGAGUGCAUCCUACGACUACGCGGUCAUGGCUGUUCCAUUUGUUGUCAUGGCCAACUGGAGACUUCCGAAGCUUGGAUCCGCCCUCACAAAUGCCAUCCAAACCCUGCCAUCUGUGCCAGCUUGCAAGAUAGCUCUCGAGUACAAGACGCGGUUCUGGGAGAAGUUUGAGAAUCCCAUAUAUGGUGGCUGCUCGACGACCACAGAUAUCCCUGGCUUUGAAUCGGUCUGCUAUCCAUCCUACAACCUCAACGGUACCGGUCCCGCCUCGAUCCUGGCGUCCUACAACUUUGAAAGGACGUCUCUUCAGCAGGGCGCGCUCUCAGAAGAGGAGCACGUGCAAAAGGCGGUCGAUAUCAUGACCGAGAUACACGGCGACGUGGCGCGCGAGCAGUACACGGGCAACUUCCGCAGGGUCUGCUCGCACCACAACGAGUUCCGCAUCGGAGCCUACACGAACCCGAUGGCGGGACAGAUGGAACUGUACAUUCCCGAGUACUUCAAGACUCACAGCAACAUGAUCUUUAUCGGAGAGCACACUUCGUAUACUCAUGCCUGGGUUGCUUCGGCGCUCGAGUCUGGUAUUCGUGGAUCGGUGCAGCUCAUGCUCGAGCUUGGGCUUGUCGACGAGGCAAAGGCUGCCGUCGAUAAGUGGAUGGCUCGAUGGAUCGAUGUGUAAAAGAAAAAAAAGAAAGAAAAAAGCUUGAAGGAUCUAUUAGACAUAGACGCGGAUUGAAGGGCCUGGUUGGAGUAAUGAAUUCUGCUGCGCCUUGUCACCAAAAAGGACCGACGGGGUACUCAGCAGUUCUUGGCGAGCUCAUAAGUGAUGUCUAGGACAGGGAUGCAGUCGGAAUUUUACUGCAGCUACUGAGCGGAACCACGAAUGUUAAAAUGAAAAUAUGCAGCUCAGUUAGACAACC